AUGGCGGAUACAGCAAACAGAGAUAUCCCAGCCAAAGAAACACCAUCACUUCCGCAGCUACCAGAAUCGCAUCCUGUAUCUCAAUCAACCCAACCAAUUACUGCCGAAAACAUGGUAGAGGCCGAUUCAGACCACGGCGAUCCAUCACGAGAGGAUGAGUAUGACGAAGGGUUCGAUUCGAGCAGUUCUCACUCCGCCUCGACGUCGCUCUCGAGCAGCGUGCGCGAUUACGUCUUCGAGAAUACACGGCGCUAUCACAAGUACAUGGAGGGGCGGUAUCUGCUACCCAACGAUGAGCCCGAGCAAGAGCGGGAGGAUAUGAAGCAUGCCAUGUGCGUCAACGUGAUGGACGGCAAGCUGCAUAGCGCGCCAUUGAAGAAACCUCAAAAGAUUGUUGAUAUUGGAACGGGAACGGGCAUCUGGGCAAUCGACAUGGGCGAUGAGUAUCCCGAAUCAGAAGUCGUCGGCAUCGACCUCUCCCCUAUCCAACCAGACUGGGUUCCCCCGAACGUCCGCUUCAUUGUCGAUGACGCCGAGGCAGACUGGGUCUGGCCUGCAGGCAGCAUCGACUUUGUGCACGCGCGGCACGUGUGCAUGGCCAUCAAAAACUGGCCCAGGCUCCUGUCUCAGGCCCACGACGCCUUGCGGCCCGGUGGCUGGAUCGAGCUGCAGGAGCUCAGGUUCCAUCUCCAGUGCGACGACGGGACUAUGCCGGGGCCCGAGCAGUACGGCUACGGCAAGUUUGUUGACCUUUGCAUAGCCGGCUUCCGUAGCUUCGGCAUCAACCCGCUUAAUAUGGAGCGAAACCGGGAAUUGCUGCAGAGCAGCGGGUUUGAGAACGUUGUAGAGAAGGUGUGGAAGGUGCCGAUUGGAGUGUGGCCGAAGGACCCCAAGCUUAAGACAAUUGGACUGUACAACCGCAGCAUGCUCAUCGACGCAUUGCAGGCGGUCAGCAUGGCGCCUUUGACAAGAGGGUUGAAGUGGAGUGCUUCCGAGGUUGAGCUGUUCUUGAUUGAUGUGCGGAAGAGUUUGAUGAACACUUCGAUACAUUCGUAUCUAACCUUUCAUGUGGUUUACGGGCAAAAGCCCGGUGGAGAAUAG